ACUAGAUUAGAGUCAUUAGACGAGAGCCGAAGUGGAAGUAGUUUUAUAUAUUUUUAUUUUUUUGAGGGAACCAGUGGAAGUUUUGAACAAACAGAAACGCAAGAAUACAUGUACGUAUACAAAGUGCACCACAUCUACAGCAAAAUUCUCUAUCACUGUACAAACACAACCAUCUCCAAUUUCAUCUUCUUGUUUUUUCACCGCUCUCUCUUCCAUCUAUCGCCUUGUUAUGGCGGACCACCACCACCAACCCUCGAGUUCCGGGGCUCAUUCAGAUUCAGAUCUUAAGGAUAUUGAUCAGGUCUUGGUUGUUCCUGACACUCCUGAUAGGGUGUUUAAACAAACUAAAAAUGUUUCUAAGAUUCUUAAACCUAUGGAGGCCAGCUCAAGAAAUUCUGGAUUGACAAGUAGGGGGAAUAUUGAUAGAAGGAAUCGACGUUUGGGUGAUACUUACCAUGCUUCUGGAAAGUAUUCUCAUUCUGGGGGUAAUUUUGGUGAUGUUGCUCGAAGUCAGGGUGCAAACGGCUCUUCUAUUCCUUCUUCUAGUCUCAGGAAUGCUCCAUUGUCCAGUACAGUUGCCAGCAAGACUUCUAAGCACAAUGACAGACAUAAUUGUAACCAUCAGCUCAUGGAGGAUGACAGAGUUUCACAUUCUAGUCUUCAAGGAAUAUCAUCUCACCAUUGCAAAAGAAGUCAGGACCCUAUUUUGGUCGAACAUGGUGAUAUUCUAAAGUUUUCCUCUAAGUCCUCAAGAAAUGAUUUAGGAGCUCAAAAGAUGAACGGAAGCUAUAUGCUUCCCAACAACGAUGUUUCUUUACAAACUGCUGCAGCUUCUUCUAAGUCUACUAGAAGUGACAAUAAGGGAAAGGUGAAGGUUGGUCAUGAUAACCCUAUCCAUACCGAUGCUUGGUCAGUGAAAGGGGACAAUACUAUUUGCCUUGUUACUUCAGAUCAUGAUACUGGGGAGGGUCUCUCUGUGCCACCUCACUCUUCCAGAGUACCUAGUACAACCAGGCAGAAAAGGUUUGUACGUAAUGGGUAUAUAUCUCCACAUAAUAUAGAAAAAACCAAAAGGUUAGCAGAAACUUCUGGCAAUGGAUCUGAAAAUGCUGAGUGUGCUGCAGAACCUGGUGGUUCUCGUCCUGUAAUUGAUGUUAAUGAAGUACCUUCCAAACAAAAUGCUGCAAGUCAAGCGAAAGGAAAAGGGCUGUUGAUUCUCGAUUCUUCUCCAAAAGGCCAUGCUGGCAGGAGAAGUGAUGGAUGGUGCAAAAGGAAAUUUUCUGAGAAGGACUGCAUUAUUGUUCAACACACAAGUGGCAACCCAAACAAAUUGGUUUUGGGCAAAAACACUUCAUCUUGUCCUUCAAAAUCGUCUGAGCAAAAGCCUGUACUUAGUGAGGGUCAGCUGCACACGCCAAGCUCAGUAAUUAAAAGACAAAAGAAGCAUGACUUGAGUUUAGGAAGACCAGAAAAGAAUGAUGAGGUAAUUUGUUUGAGUUCAGGUGGGGAAUCAUCAACCAGAAAGUCAGUUAGGGAUCAUGGUGGUUUUCCUCAGAGUAAAUCAGGUUCUCUGUUAGCUUUUAAUGGACUUUCUCCAGAAGUGAGAGAAAAUGUGUCACAAACUGAUAAUGACUCUGAAGCUAGGGCAGUACAACUUCAAGUAGAUGAGAUGUUGGCUCGUGAGCUACAGGAACAAUUAUAUAAUGAGAUAUCUGAACCUACUAGUGACGAGAGAUUUUCAUCAGUAGGCUGGGUAAUGCCUCAAGAAGAUCGUGUGCAGCCUGCUUCUUCAAGAGGAAGUCGUCGUGCUCAUGCUUCUGUAGCUGCUCCACCAUCAAUUCGACAUCAAGCUUCUCAAUCUCAGUCUUUGCGCAAUCGUUUGUUCCGUCGAGGAGCUCAAGCACGGGUACCCAGGCCACCAAGGCUAAGGAGUCAUGUGUAUCGCCAUCCUAGGGGAAGAAUAUUCCCUUCAGAUAUGGAUGUCGACAUGAGAAUUGAUUUACUAGAAAGAUUGGAAGCUGUGGUCAAUGAUGAUAUCAGAAUGGUCAAUCAACUCCUUGAUCCUGAUCGUGAAUUUGGAGAAAAUGAUUAUGAAAUGUUAUUGGCUCUUGAUGAGAACAAUUAUGCACAUCUUGGCGCUUCAGUUGCUCAAAUAGGGAACCUUCCAGAGUCCAUUGUACAUAAUGAUGAUUGCGAAGUAUGUUCAAUUUGUCUCGAGACCCCGGUUAUUGGCGACGCCAUGCGCCAUCUGCCUUGCUUGCACAAAUUUCACAAAGAUUGUAUCGAUCCAUGGCUGAGUAGAAGAAGAUCAUGUCCAGUUUGCAAGUCAGAUAUAUGAUUUAUCUUAUAAUUCUGUUUGAUUGGUCCAUCUUUUUUGCAUCGCCAUCCUGCAGGCAAUCUCAUCAUGACCAUGAAGGUCUUAAUUGUAGAAGCUUGGUGUUUUGAGCCUUUGAGGCGGAUACAAGAUCCCAUCUUUUACUUCUUCGAGUUCUUGUGAUCGAGUAUAGCAAAGUUCACUGAAAAGAAAGGCUGAAGCUGCUGUAAGGCUCUACUCAUGAAUCGCUUAGAGAUAGUAUUGUGCUGUAAUUUUUUGUUAGUUUUUGUGCUUGUAGCAAAGUUCCUUAAUCGAUAUGAAAGCUGAUAAGAGCUUCAAAAUGUUAGAAAAGUUCGUCCAAAUUAUAUUAGUUUUGGAGGUCUGUAAUUUAUUGGGAUUUUUUUUUAUACUGCCACAGCUUCUUUGUACAGCUUUUAAGAAGCCGAGAGUGGUAUUUCAAGCUUUUCGCGGUUCAGCCAUCACUUCUUCCUGUUCAGAUCUAUUCAAAAGUUGGACCUAUUGGUCAAUUAAUUUUCA